UUUAAAGUUACUGUUUUGGCAUCACUGAUCACAGGUGGUCGAUUGUCGCGACUGGUCAUGCGAGGAACCAGAGUAUAAAUUCAUAAUUCUAAAUGUAUCUAUAAAUAUUUUUGCUUUUUUUCUGAAUGAGUCCUACGUUAUAAGCAAUGAUGUGGAGGACGUCAGUUAUCACCGCGUCGGAUCGCAUAUUUCCUGGUCUAGCAUAUCACAAUCGAAAAAAGGAAUUUUAUGAUAUAGGAAAUCAGAUACAAUCCAAUUUACCACUCCAAAUAGCAUUGUACUUUAAUGUGUGGGCAUAUCCCGUGUGGUUUUUUGUGAUACUCAUCAAUUUAGAUGCAAAAUAUUAUUAUUUAACGGAUGUGUACAAAUUCAUAACUGUAGCAGUAUUUAUUGUUAUAUCGAUAUUGGAGGGUAUACGAUUAUACUUGGGAUAUCUUGGAAACUUAGCAGAGAAGAUUCCAGAACUGGCAAGCUUCUGGCUGAUAUCUACCCUCAUACAUUUUCCUUUAGAAAUGUUUCUUCUUUUCGAUAGUAAAAUAAUACCUCAUCUUAGUGAAACAAUCAUUAACGGUAUCAUGGCGUUUUUGCUCGUUACUGAAAUUAUAACGGCUACAGUAGCUUUGAAGAAAUCAGCGGACCAUCACGCAAAAAGAUUUUACGUCGCACAGUUAUAUGAAAUUGAUGAUAAUAAACAUUAAUGAUGAUAAUAUAUUAUUUAUUGCUUUUGAGAUUUAAUAAGAUUAUUGCACUAUUAAUAUGCUGAAAGACUCGACAUAAUGUGAUACAUUUGAAUAGAAACUCAUUUUUGUAUUUGAUAAAAUCUAGAAAUAUAAGUAACAUAUAUAU